AUGGGUCUCAAUUGGCGUGUGGCAAGGCACUCCACCUUCCUGAACAAGGCACAUGGGAAAAGGAGGUUGGAUUAUGCCCAAAAGUACCUCAAACAUGACUGGAGUCAGACAGCCUUUACAGAUGAGACCACAUCGACUAACAUGCCUUCAAAGAGCACAAGAGUCUGGAGCAAACCUAAUGAAGCAUGGCUUAAAAGAAAUGUCAGACCUAAGGUCAGCAGCAAAAGACUCUCUUUCAUGGUCUGGGCUGGCAUCAGCAAGCAUGGGCAGCAUCCACUGUACAUGUUUGAGACCAGCAAAAGUACCUCAAAGAAGGGUGGUGUGAAUGCCACCAUUUACAGAGAGCAGAUCACUCAAGGCAAGCUCAGAGACUACCUCACAGGUCUUGGGAUGAUAGGAGGCCCUCCUACAUUGGGGGAGGACAAUGCUCCUGUUCACACAGCAAGACUGACAAAGGAAAUGGCCAGACAAUUAGGAUACACCCCUCUUCCCCACCCUCCCAACUCUCCAGACCUCAAUCCCAUUGAGAACUGCUGGGCAUGGCUCAAGAAUCAGCUCAAGAACUCAGAGAGACACCCCAAGAAUGAGUAUGAGCGGUUUGAGGAGGCACAAGAACUCUGGGCAAACAUGCCACAAUCUUUGGUUGACAAGGCCAUUGACAGUAUGGAGAGUAGAUUGAAAGCUGUCAAAAGAACUAGAGGCUUUGCAACACUCUACUGA